AUGGACAGAUUCUCGGCAAGUGCAAAUAACUUUAACCUCACAUCAAAUAAUUCUACGUCGUCGACAGUGGAGGAAAUAUCGCCACUGUUUGGGAAGUCGGACACUCACUUGUCGUGCGGUUCAGUUUCGCAAAAACACAGGAAUCUUCUAAUAAAAUCAGGGUCUUUUUCUGGAUACAGUACAAGCAGAUAUUUGAAUAAUGACAGACACAGUAUCAGUGAUCCACCGACUUCACAAACAUGUACACGAGGACCUUGUGAAACUUCGACGACAAGCGGGGCAGAUAGUGACGAGGAAUUUUCUAGAAGGGUGCCAAAUUUCAAAUAUGGAUGGAAAACGCGAUAUUUGCACAACACAGAUCUGAGAGAAAAUAGCUCGGGGAAAAAUAGUCUAAAUGCUACAGAGGAACAAUCCAGUUCACUAUCAGAACAGGCAUGGGAUAACUACCAAGAAAAUUACUUGUCUGAAGCAUACAGCGAAUCCCACGAUUCGGACGCAGCAAGGAGAUUAUUGAAUUUCGGCGAAGAUUAUCGUAACUUCAUUGACAGUCAAUCAGAUUGGUCGGCAUUUUCUGACAUGUCUCCAACGUUCAGGCGAAAGAAACUGAUUGUUCAAAACGCCGAAGAUCAAAUGAAUGAACAGGAAUCAUUGAAGCAAUUGGUCAAUGAUUCCAGAGAUCAGCUCACGUAUACUGAACAGCUGUACAGGCAAAUGAAAUUGGGACUUGAAAAUCACCUCAUACCAAACGACGAGGACCUGAUUCCGUCCUGUGAUAGGCAUAUCGCAUUACUGAGCCACAUGAACGAGUCGUCGGACACCUACAAGAUGACUAUGGGGGACAGGGCGGUGACAACAGUGGCGGGUACUGAAAGUUCGGUGUAUGAAGAUGCAAGAAUACAGAAGGUUGCAGAAACAGAUCUUGGAGUUGAAGGCAUUCAUAACAUCCGCGAAUAUGCCUGA